AUGUUUAUUGGAAAAUAUCAACCAGGCGUGAUGAGGGGCGUCACUCCUACAGGACGAACUUACAUUGGAGUUGCGGUUGCCUCCCCUGCCGGUACAGUCGUACAUCAAGACACAAUAUUAUUUUGGAUGCCUCCAUCAGCUGGUGAGCCUGAGAAUUAUACGACAUCUGACAAUACUUUCCCACCGGAAGCUAUCAUUCGCCAUGGUCUCCAAUUGUUGAAUCUCCCUGUAAAUGCGUUUUCUCACCUAGAGCCACCGGACGUGAAUUUCUACGACAGUUUUAUCAGGAAUUCUCUACGUCACCCAUCACUUGUUGGAGACGAUGUCGGAUUCGUUGUGCCCACCCACGGUAUUCCUUUUGCCCAUAGUUGCUAUCCCAACGCUAUCUGUCUCGCCGACAUCAGAAAUAAAACAAUCGAGUUUCAUGGGAUUGGACAUUAUGAUUGUCCUAGGGAAUGUAAACUAUUAUCUUACAUUGAUAGUGACUCAAGAAGAGCAGAAUUCUUCCGGCGUUAUGCUGCGAUUGAAACGGUGCUAGAUAGUGACGAGUUUGAGGUUCAGGUUCAUUUAGCAUGUCAAUUAUCCAGAGAGCACCACCUCGAAGCUUACCUGUUGCCGUUUUUAUCGAAGGCUGAGUUGCACGCUCGCAAAAAUAACUUCUCUUGCCGCGGAAGUGUGCAGAGGAUUCUAAUUGCAGUUAUGGAGAGGCAAGCAGAGAUUAAUCACCCUUCGGUUGAAUUUGCUAGAGUGUUCGAGCAUAGUACGUUUGGCUUGGAAGAUGACCAGAGAAUGGAUAGUGGUAUAAAUACUUGA